CAUCCCUUUUUAUUUUUCCCAAUUUAUUUCCUCAACCCCAAAUCAAAACCUGUAUUCUUGGAGAUCAUUACUAUGAAGAAACCGAGCUUAUUUGCAGCUUCCAUGGCUGCCGCUUCCGCCACAACCGCCGUAACUGCCUCCGGUUUCAACCACGAAACUCCUCACCAGGAUAAUGGAGCAUCGAAGAAGAAACGUAACGGAGGAUCAUCGUCGGAGAAGGCGGAUUGUUGCUCGGAGAAAUUUGCGCCGAGGUUUGAUGGGUUGAGGUUUAUAGAGACGCUAGUAACUGCUCAUCGAUGACAGGAAGAUGUUCAUGAGAUGGUGUUAAGAGUUAGACGAAGUGGUUUUGGUUUUUAUUUUGGUUUUUUCUUGUGGAUGAAGUUUGUUCCUGUUUUCAAUGUGAGAAGAUGGGAAAAGGGAUUGGGCCAAAGGCAUUUUUAAAAUAUUGUUGUAUGGAUGUAAAUUCACAAUUUGGUACUGAUUUAAUAUUAUUUAGCUUUUUUUAUAA